AUGCCUCCGAGAGUGUUUGGCCGCUCCCUCGCCCAACAUCUCAACCGUGCUCAUCGCUCAGUGACGCUUUCCCCAACUCGCUGGAUCGGUGACUUUUUUGGACGAUCCAGCUCACCACCUUCUAGAGCUUUUCCCUCCAAUGGCUUCAAGCUGCUAGCUGGCGACGAGAAAGUGGAAGAGGAGAAUUGGGAUUGGUACAGCGCAGAGGCUUAUUACCCAGUCCGUAUAGGCGAGAUUUUCAAGUCACGUGCACACCAAUACGUUGCUCUCAAAGCCUGCGAGCGAGGAAGCCAGUCUGCCGAACGUGAGCUUGCUGCAUAUCAGUAUCUGGAAUCUCUCACUACGGAACAUGUGGGCGCAUUGGUUAUUCGGCAGCUACUUGACAGCUUCACAAUCAAAGCAAAUGGUACUGAGUACCGAUGUAUGAUCCACGAGCCACUAGGAAUGAGUGUCAAAACACUGCAGCAAUUGAUGCCGGAUCAACUGCUGUCCGAGGAUGCUCUGAAGGCUGUGCUCAAGUACCUGCUGUUGGCACUUGAUUGCUUGCACACUGAAGCCAAAAUGAUCCAUACAGGCAACAUGAAUCCUCCCAUUCACGAGUUGAGUAAUACUAACGGCAUCUUUGACGACUUCGCAAAGGCAGAGGUUAAAAAUCCAAUCCCUCGCAAGGUCGACGGAGAUCGAAUCGUAUACGAAUCAAGAGGCCUUCGAAUGCCCAAAACGACCGGCCCUCCAAUCCUCUGCGAUUUUGGCGAAGCUCGCUUUGGGAGCAGCUCUUACACUGAUGAUAUACAGCCAUAUAUCUACAGAGCGCCCGAAGUCAUCCUCGACAUACCAUGGUCGUAUGAGGUCGAUAUCUGGAAUGUAGGAGUGAUGAUCUGGGACCUCUUCGAAGGCCGUCAUCUCUUCAGCGUUCGCGGCCCAAACGGCGAUCGAUUGAGCAGGUACCACCUCGCGGAAAUGGUGGCGAUUCUUGGUCUGCCACCUGUAGAGUACUUGCAACGCACCCCAACAUCAUGGAAAUACUUUGAUGAUGAUGGAAAUUGGAAGGCUGCGACUGCUAUUCCGGAAAACUACUCGUUGGAAACGUUGGAGACACGUUUAAGUGGUGAGAAUAAGACGGCUUUCCUGGCUUUUGUGCGUAAAAUGUUGCAGUGGUGUCCGGAGAGAAGAUAUACUGCUAAGCAGCUUCUUGAUGAUUCCUGGUUAAAUUCGUGA